AUGAAUAACUUUUUUGCUUGUAAAAAUGGUCAAAAUAUUUCAUGGACAUCUGUAUGUGAUGGUUAUAAUCAAUGUAAAGAUGAUUCAGAUGAACAAAAUUGUUAUUGUCAAGGUGAUGUUUAUGCUUGUUUACAAGGAAAUAAUGUUAGUUGUAGGAUUGCAUGUGCAACUUAUGGUCGUGUUACUUGCUUAACAUAUCAAAAUACACGAGCAUGUGAACAUUAUAUACACGAACAUAGUAGUAGUACAAUUCACCUUGAUAUUAGUUCUACGAGUGAAUCAUUUAUAUUAACAAAUGAUUUUGAUGCACUUCGAUAUUCAGCUUGUUUAGCUAUUAGUAUAUUAAUAUUUGUUUCAAUUUUUUCCAUACUUAUUUAUUUAAUUCGUAUAAAUCCUUCAAAAUUAUUCUUCUCUUAUACAAAUAAAUCAUUUAAUACAAAUUUAAAUCGAACAUCGACAAAUAGAUUAUCAUCUAUUAUACAGCAACAACAACAACAACAAUCUUCUUCAUUAAAUUUAUCUCAAACAUAUAAUAUAUCAACAUCUGAUAUUAAUGAUUUACCACCAUCUUAUAAUUAUUUAGAACAAAAUUCAAUAUCAAUAAAUGAUUUUUAUGAACCUCCACCAUAUCCUGGUCCAUCAUUAUCUUCAUCUAUAGAAAAUUCGAAUUCGAUCUAUUAUGAACCAAUAAAAAUACGAACAUUAUCAAAUUCAAUGUCUAUGUUACAUCCAAUGCUUUUACCAGAACCACAUGUAUUAACUAAGAUUCGAACACAUCGUGUAUAA